UAAGAAGAAAAAAAUUGAUUUGUGACUUGUGUCAAUGACAGAAUUUGUUUUUUUUACAUGGGUGUUGAAAUCAAAUUAUUUUCGAUUGAUUAACCUUGCUCGUUGAUUAGUGCCAAGCUGUUGAAGCAAUAAAGACUUUAUAAUAUUUCAUUUGUCAUAUCAAUAAGCAGAAGUGCAAGUUGUCCACUUGAAUCUGAGAAUUUUUUUAGUUUUUUUUUCAUGAGAAUUUGAACUGUGACUUUGACAUUUCGUCUCAUCCCAAAAGACAACAAAAAAACAUACGCAAGAUUAUAAAUUUUACAAGAGAAAAGAGCAAAAGGCACGGAAUAAGGAAACGUUCUUCGAAUAUAUAUAUAUAUAAAAAAAAAUUGCGGUUGUUUAUUGCUCGCCGCUCUUUUAGCAGCUUUGAACAAUAAAUCCAUCGAUUGAUAACAACAACGAGCCUAGCAGCUGAAAAUUGUCAUAACAAGAGCAACGACUUGUGUACUUCAUCUUUCUAUGAAAAAAAUUGUUAAGAAGUGAACUUGGAAGAAGCGUGCUUAGAAUACAAUCAGGCAGAGAAUAAAUUUUUCCUUGCAAACGUUGUCAGAUGUGAACGCAGAAAGCUUCUAAAUAUAACCGGGUUAUCAAUUUAAAUAAAAAAUCAGCGUUUUGUACAUCAUGAGUGCCAAUAAUGUAAGGCUCAAUAGCAAUGACACUUCAACGUGGAAUUGCAGUUCACUUGAAAGUUCUAAGAGAACAGAUGUUAGCAUAGUGGCUCAGAAAUUAUCACAAAGAAGCACGUUGACACGUAAAAACUGUUGUGAUAUUUGUGGCAUUGCCAGUUUGCUGCUUUUCGGAUUUAUGUUCUUAACCUUUGGAAUAAUCACAAUCAAGUAUACGUUGUUCGAGAUUGUGCUGAUGGAGCGAAUGGGAAUGGCAAAAAUUUAUCCAUCUUACUUUUGGUGGAAAGAUCCUGAACCUGAAGUUCUUAUGAAAGUUUUUAUUUUCAAUAUCACAAACUCCGAAGAAUUUAUUUCUGGGAAGGAUUCGAAACUUAAAUUGCAGGAAAUUGGACCGAUAACAUUUCAGGAAGUCUUGAAACAUAAGGAUAUCAUUUUCCAUUAUGAAAACUCGACACUUUCAUACACUGUAACGAGAAGUAUCGUUUUCAAAGAGACAGAAAACAUCAAAGGAAUUCUCAAUCAAUCAGUGACUGUUGCAAAUAUGGCAGCUUUGAGUGGAUCUUCCUUUGUGGCUGAUAAUUGGUUGUUAAGCACGUCGUACAAAGCUCUACAAAAGCUUUAUGGAACUCGUCCAAUAGUUAACACAACCAUCUAUAAUUACUUUUUCAACUUAACCGAUCCCAUUCUUGAAUUCACGAAAAAUAUUGUGCCGUUUCUCGUUCCAACAAAGGAUACCGGAAUUCUUCAAAAUAUUUACUCAAACUUCACUGACCGCGUGAAUGUACAAAUUGGUUUAAAACAUGGCAAUGAAAAUUUUUUCAAAAUCAACACAUGGAAUCAUCGAAGAAAUGUGCCAGGAUUUUACCCGGAAAACGGAGAUUGUAAUGCGAGAAUCGAUGGAAGUACCGAAGCUGCUUUAUGGCCUCAACUCUGCACAAAAGAAACAAUAAUUUGGUAUUGGCGGAAAACUCUUUGUCGUUCUGUGCCUUUAUAUUUCGAAGAAGAAAUUCAGAUGGGAUCACUUAACGCUUUUAAAUAUAUUCUGCGUGAUGACGUAUAUGAUCGACUUGAGAAUAAAACAGCUGAUUGCUUUAGAGGUUCAAAUCUGCCUGAUGGAUUGAGCGAUGUGUCAAAAUGUUUCUUUGAUCAACCGAUUGUCGCUUCCUUUCCGCAUUUCUACUCACGUCCCGGAAAGUUUUUAGACAAGCUCGAUGGGCUUCAUCCAGACCCGAACAAACAUCGAAGUUUCUCAAUAAUUGAACCCAUUUUAGGCGUUCCACUUAAACAAAAAGCUUCAUCACAAUCAAAUCUUGUUACAAAAGAUCUGAGAGGAUUCAAGCACGAUAUUGCUAAGUUCGGCGACAUGGUCAUUCCAAUGUUCUGGAUCGAAUACUAUCUCAAGGAAAUCACUCCUUUGAUAAUCAGCACAGUUGAUUUCAUUGUCAAUACAUUGCCAAAAAUCCAAUACUGGAUAUCUGCUGCUUUUAUUAUUCUCGGUUCUUAUUUACUAUUGAUGGGAUAUUUGCGAUUACGAAACAAUGAAGUUGAUGAAGGGAUGAAAAUGAAGAACGAAAAAUAAUUGAAAAGAUGACGAAGAAGAACAAGUUUCACCUCCGAAUUAUUGUCUUGCUGCUGUGGGAUCAAAAAGAAAUUUUAUUACACUUGACGUCUAGUAAUUCAUUACUUAAUUCUGUUAUGUUUUUUAAUAUUGUCUAGUGAUAAUUAUAGUGCUUAGAUAAAUUAAUGUUGUUGAAUAUUUUUCAUUUGUUUAAUAAUAAAAGUUUUUGUUGCUUAAUUAAAAC